GAAAAGGAUCAGCAGAGAAGACUAAUACGUUCAGUCGAUUAGCUUUGUUGGGCAACAGUUCCUCUUACUGCAACAGCAUGGCCUCCAGACACGCUUGCCUCAACUUCUUGCACAUCAUUGCAUUUAUGUCAACUGCCACACUCUCCAGUCCAGAGAAGCCCCUAUUAGUGAAUUACAUGUACUCCGGCAACAGUCUCAGAGAGUACAUAGGGAACAGCAGCUUCAACUAUAUAUCAAAAGCAGGCCUUCCCAACAGAAUCCUCAUAUCCAUAUGCUGGGAGUCACAGAAUCCACACUGCACUGUGUCCGCAACGACAAGAGAGAAGACCCUCGGUUCUUUGUGUCACAACGCUACCACUCGGUACAUCAUCAAGUACAAUGAUGAAUCCAACUGUAGAUGCUUUAGGGGAAACAGGUGGAAGGGCCCGAGAGUGUAUCAUGAUGUGUUCACCGACAAGACUGGACCUAAGUGGAGCAUAACAGAAAAUAGAACAAGGUGCAAAACAUCAGAAUUUGUCCAGAGUGAACAAGAAACCCACAGUAUCACAGUUUACGUGUACAAGAAUAAGUCCAUAGACAUACCAGUGUGCACAAACGGAAUCAUACCGUACAAGGGGUAUAUGUCUAAUCGGGAAGCUGGCGUCAGAUACUUUUACUUAGAAAAAGAAGGCGUUAACAUAACAUAUCCUAUAUUCAAAUGUCAAUUGUAUAGUAUGGCCAUUAAAGAGAAAAACCUGAGUCAAGUGAUAGAUGAGUAUAAUUUCUCGGUGUCUAACGGCGAAGAAACGCAAGUGGCUUCCCUGCAUAAUAUAUCUAUCGUUGUAAAUCAGAUGAAACGGGAAAGGGCAACCACAUCCACGCCAUUACCCACACCUGAAGACCCAAAUCACCAGAGUCUCAGUGUAUUGACGGAUCCCUCGAUCAUUUCUGGGACGUUUGCUUCCAAGGCUAGCGUCGGUUUUGUAGUGUUUGGCGUUUUGUGCGGGCAGUUUGGUUGGACUAGACAUUGA